AUGAGAAUCAAAUCAUAACCUUAAAAACAUUAAGAAGAUCUCUUUGAAACUCAUCAUAUUUAAAGUAUUGAUUAAUUAACUAAUUCAAAUCAAAAUUAACAAAAUGAAGAUUGUUUAGAACCUCUAUAUGAAGUUGAAGCUAUUAUGAUGAAAAAAAUUCAAAAUUAACAAUCUUUAUAUUUAGUCAAAUGGAAAGGUUAUUCUGAAUUGACUUGGGAACCUACUUCCAGUUUAUCUAAUUGUUAAUUACUUAUUGAUGAAUUUGAACAAUAAGAAUCUUCUAAGAAUGUCAUUAUUAACAAAAAAUCUAUAUCCUAAAAAGUUAUCACUAAAUCCUAAAAUAAAUCCAAUAUAUCAAAAAAAGGAGGUUCUUUUUAAAAAGAAGAUUAAAUUUAAUCAUUCUAAAAUUUAGGUAGAACUAUUAUAAUUAAUGGAAUUUCAAAAAAAUAAUUGAAAGUACUAUCUUAUUUUUUAUUUAGCUUAAUAUUUAAAAAAUUAAAAAUGGUAAAACUAAAUCUGCUUGGAUUAAUUUAUAAGAAUUACAUAAAAAAGCUCCUUAAAAGCUAAUUUAAUUCUAUGAAUCCCUUCCUGCUAUCAAAGAAUUGUUUCAAUAACCACUUUUAACAUCUAAAAUAAGUACAUAAAAAUGA